AUGACAUCAUUUCAUGUAUUCAAAAGUAUUUUUAAUUCAUCAUUUGAAUUCUAUGGUCUAUCUGAAUGGUUAUUAGAAUUAAUGCCAGAUAAUGUUGAUAUCAAUCGUUGUAAAAUAAAUCGAUCACAUAAUGGUUGGAUAUUUCGAAGACAUAAUGCUCGUUCAACAUUUAUUUGUAUGCAUUGUAUGCAAUCACAAGUUCAAUUACAUAAAGAAAAAACAAAAAUGAAUAGUUGGACUUCAGCUUAUACAACAAUACUUUUUCGUGCACGAUUAGAUAAAUCUUUUAAUGGUCAAAAUAUUGGUCGUAUACAAAUGAGAAUAUUUGAACAAGGUUGUCAUACAUGUAAUAUGUAUAAUGUAGGUAUUAUGGAUGAAAGUGAAAUAAAAAAAACAUUUUAUUGGUUAUAUAUAUGGAUAUUAAAAACAUUUUAUAAUAUUAAACUUAUUAAUGAUGAUUUUGAAGAAAUCUAUGAUCCACCAAAAGGUCACAAUCGACGACAAUUAUCACAUGAUUCAAGACGAUGUGAUGGAUGUCGACUUGGUUGGUGUAAAUAUUUACAUCGAUCCAAAGCUCAAUCUAGAAAACAAGCUUCAUAUGAGUCACUAUUAUUAUAUUCGUCAUCAACUGAUCAAAAAAUGUGUUCAUCUUUAUCUUUAAAUGCAGGUAGUGAUGCACAAAGCCCACAUAUGCCUAUGUAUAUCGUUCUGGUGAAAGGAGCACAUAGUGCUAUUCUUCCAUGA